CCAGUGUUGACGGACUGCAUUCCGCCGGUUCAAAAGACGAUGGCGUCCAAGGCUAAUGGUUCGUCCGCUGGCCACCGACGGUCUUUGGGUCCUACAUUGGCUCCCAUUGUGCGAGGCAGCUCGACCACGAAGAUUACGAAUGCGCACAAAGGUCAGGGGCCGACGAUGAAUGUCGUCGACGACAUGCUACGGGCGGCGGAGCUCCCUUCGUCAGCGAACUCGUCCGCUGCGGACACUGACGCAGAUCAAUUCAGAGAAGACGCUCAAGAAGUCACAUCCUCGGUCGCGGAGACGGACGACAUUGUGGAUCUUCCACCUUCGAGGUCAGUGGCGCAACUGGCAGCAUCCGCGUCGAAAAGUCGGAUCACUUCGACGUCACCACGACUGGUGGAUCUUGCCUCCAUGCUAGCGAUUCCUAUGGACAAGGCCGUCAUGUCUCCUGGCACGUCUGACAUCCCAACUUCCUCGUCGUCGUCCAACCUACACAUGGGCAGCAACUCAGGCUCGCUCAUCAUGAACACUAGCCAUCAUAGCAGCCUCACAAUGUCCACGAGCAAAAGCACUCAAAUACUGUCUCCUGCGAGUGCGCUCCUGCUCAAGGUGACCGAGCUGGCCGUUGGAAGCGGAUUGGCGCGGGGGGCCAGCGGAUCGGUUCGGGGGGGCAGCGGGUCGGCACGGGGAAUGUCCCCAGGGGGGCUGCUCAUGCGUGUACCCUCUAAGUCGACGUUGUUGUCCCAGCAAAAUGGCAGUUCCAAGCGAAUGGUUGAAGCGGUGGGUAAAGUGCUGCAUCAAAUGACCCCGUCUCAGGAAGGCGCUCGGCAGAGCAUCGCGGACGGCGCCGCCGCCGUCGCACGGAAAGGUCACGACGUAGCGGCGGCCGUAUCGAAGCGGUUCUUGCUGUUGCGGGCAGACACGACCGUGAAUGCCGAAGAGCUCGAGCACGAACUCAACGACAUGGCCGCGUCGCACGUGUCCAAGUUGGCCCAGCAGCAGCAGGCCCCGUAUUGCAUUUCAAUCCAUUCCAAGGCGAAAAUGGGGUGGGAUGCCGUGGUGGCUAUCGUGACGCUGUACGCGGUUGUGGUCGUGCCUAUGGACUUGAGCUUCAACCUGUGGGACGCCUACACUUGGUUCCGAGGCGUUCAGGGCCUCGUCGACGUCAUCUUUUCGCUCGACAUACUCGUGGCUUUCCGAACGUCGUUUCUUAUCAGCGCUACCCACGAAGAAGUGAUGGACAUCAACAGCAUUCGACGACAUUAUCUGACGCUGUGGUUCUGGGUCGACUGCGUCGGCACGAUUCCGUCGUCCGUGCUCGGCGAUGCACUGCGUCUGUCCGACUUUACAUACCUCCGGCUUCUCGUGUUUCUGCGGAUUCUCCGGUUGUCGUCGUCGCCAACGUUUUCCAAAGCCAUGUCAUGGGCGUCGCGGACAUUUACGUCGUACGGCGUCCGCAUGGGGAUGCUCAUGUUCAUGUACUUGCUGCUGCACCACUACGUCGCAUGUUCGUUUUACCUGUUGGUGGACAUUGAAACCCGCCAAGUGGACCCCACCGUCGACAACAUUUGGGCUGUGCCGUUUCAAUCCAACGACACGCUCGGAGUCAAGUACUUGAGCUCGUACUACCGAGGGCUAGUCGUGACCAGUGGGAGCGACCUAGGUCCUGUCACAAGGCCCGAACGCGUGUGGGGCACAGUCAUGUUUACCGUGGGUAUCAUUGCCAAUGCCUGUGUCGCUGGGAUCUGCGCCAGCGUUCUAGCCCAAAUGAACAAAGUACAGGACGAACAAGUCCAACGGCAGGACAGCAUCGACGUGUGUCUGCGCAACUGCCACGCCACGAACUCGCUCACGUCGAAAAUCAAUUUGUUUUACAACAGCGCCCACAGCCACGAGAGCGCCCAUCACGCGUCCGACUUGUUUCACGGGAUGCCGGAGAAGUUGCAUUUUGAGCUCUCGGUGGCCCUGAACCAGUCGUUCUUGAAAAAGGUGCCGCUGUUUCGAGCGCUCGAGCCGGAAGGAAUUGUCGCGCUGAUGGAGUGCGUCGAGGAGACGGUUGCGAUGCCUGGAGAUGUCAUCAUCCGCGCCGGCGAAGCGGGCCGCGCGUUCUACAUGAUCAAGAUGGGCAGCGUCGAAGUGUACGACAACAUGGGGCCGCAAGGGUCGCGCGUGUCAAUCAAGCACAUGCUGGCGGGAGAAUUCUUUGGCGAAAUGAGUUUGAUCCGGCAAGGCAACGCGUCGGCCAACGUGGUCGCGACGUCGUUUUGUGUGCUUUUGGUCCUGUACAAGGAGGUUUUCCACUGGAUAACCAUGGAAAACGAGCACUUGAAGUCGUUUAUGGAGCGGUCCGAGGUGCGGCGAUCUAACGAAGCCACCGAGGCGCGGCAUGUACGCAAAACCCCAUGGUUUAAAACCGUUUUUAUUCACGGAAUCAAUCUGGUAGCGGUCGCAUGUGACGAUGGCAGAAGAUGUGGCCAAGGCCACGCAAGGACUUAUCAAACGACGAAACACGUUCGUACCGAGGCGGAUGGCGGCGUUGAUCGCGCGAAUACGAAUGCGUCGGGCGGCGCGAUGGGUCAUGAUGAUCCAACGCGUAGGGUUGACGGUGGAGUCGAUGGAUAGCUCCUCGAGGCAAAACGAAACCAUGAGUCGGCAUUUCGUCCAGGCUGAACCGCCUCCAGCCAAACACAUGAGCUUGGGCCUGGCAUCCAAGAUGCGCACGCUUAUGCAUGCAAACCGAUGUCGCAACACAGCCACGCGCGCGCUGCGCGCGGUUAACGAGAUGUCCCAGUACACUGCCAAGGAAAUGGUCGUAUCGACGCGCAUCAAGAUGCAGCACAUGUAAUAGACAUCCCGUCUUGUCAAGUUACGUACGAGAGAGUAUCCGUUGCUGUUACUGUACAAUCUUGGCGUGAUGCCAUUGGUGCUAGAAUAGCACGUUAAAUGCUUUGAUUGG